AUGGAGAGCUUGGCAGGCUCCGUCUUCGCCUCCGUCCCGGACCCUGUGCGCAACUUCGAGCGCUGGAAGAAGAAGUACGACAAGCGGAAGAGAAGCUGCGGAAGCAGCGCAAGGAGGAGAAGCAGCAGCAUCGUCCCCAGGGAAGGGGAGAAGGAGGCCAUCGCCGGGCUCAGGCGCUACGCGGAGAUCAAUGCAAAUGAAAUUGUAAGGUUUUCAGAUUUCCCAUUAUCCAGGAAGACACUGAAAGGUUUGCAGGAAGCCCAGUAUCGUAUGGUGACUGAAAUCCAGAGGCAGACCAUAGGUUUGGCAUUACAGGGUAAAGAUGUUCUGGGAGCGGCAAAGACAGGAUCAGGCAAAACUCUGGCUUUUAUUGUACCUGCUCUGGAAAUCUUAUACCGAGAACAAUGGACCUCCUUGGAUGGGUUGGGAGUUCUGAUCAUCUCUCCAACCAGAGAGCUGGCAUACCAGACAUUUGAGGUUUUGCGUAAAGUGGGAAAAAAUCAUGACUUUUCAGCAGGUCUUGUUAUUGGUGGCAAGGACUUAAAACAAGAAGCUAGUCGAAUCCACAAUAUUAAUAUUCUCAUAUGUACGCCUGGCCGACUACUGCAGCACAUGGAUGAAACAUUGUAUUUUUAUGCUUCUGAUCUGCAAAUGUUAAUCCUUGAUGAAGCCGACAGAAUUUUGGAUAUGGGCUUCGCUGAUACAAUGAAUGCAAUCAUAGAAAACCUUCCCAAGAAACGCCAGACACUGCUCUUCUCAGCCACACAAACCAAAUCUGUGAAAGAUCUGGCUCGACUGAGCUUGAAGGAUCCAGAAUAUGUCUGGGUGCAUGAGAAAGCAAAGUUCAGUACCCCAGCAACUUUGGAACAGAACUACAUUGUUUGUGAACUGCACCAGAAAAUCAGUAUGCUGUAUUCGUUUUUGAGAAGCCACCUGAAUAAGAAGAGUAUUGUAUUUUUUGCAAGCUGCAAAGAGGUCCAGUAUUUGUUUAAGAUGUUCUGCCGCCUUCGACCUGGCCUCCCUAUAUUGGCUCUUCAUGGAAAACAGCAGCAGAUGAAAAGAAUGGAGGUCUACACUGAUUUUGUACGCAAGAAAUCAGCAGUUCUCUUUGCUACAGAUCUUGCAGCUCGGGGUCUAGACUUCCCUGCUGUGAACUGGGUCAUUCAGUUUGACUGUCCAGAGGAUGCCAAUACUUACAUUCAUAGAGUUGGGAGAACAGCCAGGUACAAAGAAGGUGGAGAGGCUUUGCUUGUCUUGAUCCCUUCAGAGGAAAAUGGCAUGAUUCAGCAGCUGUCACAGAAGAAAGUUCCCAUCAACAAAAUCAAAAUCAACCCUGAGAAGCUUGUUGACAUCCAGAAGAAAUUGCAGUCCUUCUUGGCACAAGAUCAAGAGCUGAAAGAGAGAGCGCAACGGUGUUUUGUAUCCUAUCUACGAUCUGUCUACUUAAUGAAGAACAAAGAAGUGUUUGAUGUAUUCAAGUUACCCACAGCUGAAUUUGCCCUCUCCUUAGGUCUUGCGGUGGCCCCUCGUGUAAGGUUUCUCCAAAAAGUCCAGAAGAAAAUGCUUGAGAAUGAGCCUGAGAAAGAAGGCCCUUUGCAGAGGGCAGAGCAACUAGAAGAAGUUGCACAUUUUUCUGUAAGCAAUGAAGAUAUAGAGAAGUGCAGGGCACUCUUCAGUGAAACAGCCGUGUCGAGAGGAGAGGAGAUAAAAGAGCUCUCUGGCAGAAAAAGUGGAACCGAGGAUGACACAUUGUCAGGUCAGUCUGAGACAGAAGAAGAGCCUGUAAUGGUCAAGGGUUCAAAAGCUGAAUGCUUGCAAUUCUUUGAAGAGGAUGAUGGUGAGGAUGGUGAUACUAACGACGUUGAUGUACUGACUGUAAAACGGUGGAACAUCUUUGGCACGGAAGCAGACACUGCAGUAUUGAGUACAUCAGAUUCAAAGAUGAAGAAGAAAAUAACCAAAACAAAAGAAGCUAAAAAAGUUUUGAAGAGAAAAUUUAAAGUAAAUACAAAAAUUGUAUUUACUGAAGAUGGGGAGUUAAUUCAACAGUGGCCACCAGCACAAAAAUCUGUUCAAAAUAAAGACGACGAUGAUGAUGAUUCUGAUGGAAUAGAUCUAGAUAAAGCAAAAGAAAGACUGCAGGAAGAGGACAGAUUUGAUAAAGAAGAAUAUAGGAAGAAAAUUAAAGAAAAACACAGGGAGAAAAGGUUGAAAGAAAAGGCAGCUAGGAGGGAAGCCAGAAAGAAAAAUGCAAAGGUUGAAGAGGAAGACAUAGCCUUUCUGGAUCACAGUGAAAGUGAUGAUGAAUUUGAUCCAAGCACCCUUCCAGACCCUGAUAGAUACAAAGAUUCUGACCAAGAGGCUGAUCUAGAACAUCAUGGUGAUCUUGGGAUGGACAAGCAGCUUCUUGGAAGAAGAACAUCAGCAGCAGAGACAGAGCCAAAAAGAAAGAAGAUGAAACUCAGCCAAGCAGAUUCAUUUGAACCAUUAGAUACAGGACUUUCCCUUGCAGAGGAUGAAGCUCUAGUAUUACAUCUGCUCAACAGUCAAAGCUAAUAUUUCCCCUGGCCACUCUUAUUUUAAAACUAUUUUGUAUAUUUGUAUUACAAAGGCAACGGGCUAGCCGAAUGCCAGUUAAUAUUAUUGUAUGAAUGCCUGAGAUCAAAGUCUUCUCAUUGAAUGGCUCAUAACCAAUUUCAUUUUUCAGCUGACUUUAAAUGCUAUAUCGGAUCACACUUUCAAGAUGGCAAUAAACUGCUCUAAAAUGUAUACUAAGACCUUAAUGUACAUAAGAAUUAUAAAUUAUAAGAAUUAUAAAACGUUCUUAUUGUGGGGUAGCUUUGUUAAAAAAUAAAAGGACCGAACAUUG